UAAUUUGAAAAUUUUUAGGUCCCGUCGCGCUUCCUGUUCACCUUCCACGCCGCAGCGCCGGUCGCGAUUCCAUUCCCUCACCCACGCGACUUUUGUGCACUUGUAGUUAGUCCCUUGUAGUUAGGAUGCCGUGUCUUCGCGGCAUCGACGUGUCGCUGACGACAGAACCUGGAAACGAGGUUAUCCCCGAAUACCCGCACCCAGAUGGUUCGUCGGCGCGCCUUCUCGGCUUCCAGAACCUGGCCAGCGCCACCGCCUCUGCGUCUGACCAGUCACCGAGCCCGAGAAUCGCCAAAGUUCACAGCCCAGGUCCAUCCCGCAAAGCAAAUCCGAUAGUCUCAGUCUAUGUGCCGUCGAUCCCAGGCUCGCCAUUUGCAAUCAAGUAUACCGUCAACAGUGUGCCCGAGUCGCCGUGCAGGUAUAUCUUCUUUCGGCUGUACAUCAAUGGCCGCCCUGUUGCUGCGUGGGGAAUAGACCCUGCUGUUCGCAAUAAGGGCAGGGUUGUCAAAUCACUUUGGGCCCCCGGCGCCAGACACGAUGGCCAGGCUGGGAUCGAGGGGAGAAACUUUGUGUUCUUGCCCGGCCAAGAGAAUAAAUCGGUGGCCGAAGAUGGCGGUCUCAUUGAGGUUCAAGUCUUCCGGGCAAAGCAGAGGCGAGCCCGAGCGCCAAACCCCGAAGAGUUUCGACUCCAGAACAAUUACGGCAUUGCCGCUCCCAGCAUUGGCCUCCUGGAUCAGCCACAGGAUGCGUGUUAUUACGACUAUCACCUGAUAGAUCCCAGGGACUCCCCCUUUGCAACCUAUCGGCUUCACUACCGCUCCUGGAACAACCUCAAACAACUAAACCUGAUUCCCGACACUGAGCUCGAACUUCUGCGAGUGAGAUCACCCGCUGAACUCCGACGUGCCAUGGGAGGCGAGCACUGUUUGGGCGGUGGCUGCAGCCGCUCAAACGAAGGGCCAUCUUCUUGCUUGGAGACUUCAGACGAGGCCAUUUUCGAUGAUGGAAAUGUUUACAAGGUCAUGUCUGUUGAGGGGCCAGCAAAGUAUUUCCUUAAAAGCCCUCCCGAGCUAUUCGCUGCUUCGUCAGCUAACGCGGCCGUCCCUCAGCCAAGCAAGGCGCUCCGGGAUGGAUACCGCGACGGAUUCCGGGACUCGUAUCUUCAGCGGCCUUUGCCUGAACUGCCGAAAGGCCAGCUGAGAGACAUCUCGAGACGGUCUUCCGCUUCAUCCGCUGUUUCUCGAGCCCCGUCCUUGACGCCUUCCCUCAAGCAAUACGUUAAUAACGACUCGUUUGAUGAGGGAGAGGUUGAGGUCAGAGUGGCGCAGAUUGUUCGGAUAGCUCACCAGGUUCCUGCCCCAAAUAUUGUGUUAACGAAAAAGCAAAAGUCUGGCCUGAUGGAAGAUUGUUCUGUCUCAGACUAUGAAAUCUCCCCUCCUUCCUCAGGUGACUCGUACGGCGAAAAGAUACCCUCUCCGGGCCACUACGCACCAACAACCGGAAGCGCUUUUGAGCACGGUUUGAAUUUAUUCACGCCGUCUAAAGAGUCGAGCUUGCGGGAUCAGGUGGGCAUCGAGCGGCCCCUCCUGUUAUCUCACCAGCCCGAGAACGAAAGGCCUCGGGGAGCAGCAGCCCAGGUGUCGGAGUUAGAGUGGCUAAGUCGUGCGCCACCACCAAUUCGGAGGGAGAAACCCGAGGCUCUACGUCGCAUGUGGAGCCCUCGUCCCGAAAGAACUAUUACCACGUCGAACGAGGAAACAACCAAGUCGCCGCCUGCGACUAACCCGACUCAAGAGAGCAUUGGAAACUGGAUCUGACGAGUGUCGGAUUCGAAAAGUUUUCAUUCAUUUUACUGGUGCCACCUAAGUAUUGUUGGUGUUUCUGACCGAGCCGGAAACACUAUAAUGCUAUGAGA